CUUUAUUGCAAUUGAAUUUGGUGGGCUCACUUGAAGCAAAAAUAAUGGAAUAUAAUCAGUCUUCUGACUGGCUUGAGAUCGAAAUCCGAUAUUUAACCAUCCAGUAGAAUUAUCCUUUGCCGAGAAUAAACUUUUUAUCUUGAACCGAAGUGUUUCUUUAUACGUGUUCACGAUACAAAGUUUCCAUGUUGAAUAUUUGCCAGCUAUUAUAUGAUUGGGAAGACCGCUGUGGCAAGACCCUGAGCAAAGCGGUAUUAAGAAGAAUAACAUUAAACAUUUAUAUGAUACCAUUGAAUGAUCUAAAACACUACGUUUCGCCAUGGUUCUUUUAAGAAUGUAAGAUAAAUUUUAUAUUUUGCAGAAGAUAUUACAAACGGAAGCCAUUCAGCAUAAGAUGUAGAUUGUAGAAACGAUGACGCUUCGUGGCGUUCGUGCAUGUUUAUGAAUACAUUAUCCACACUCGACUUGAAAAGAUAUUUGCAUUUUCCAAUGUUUGCCAUGCCUUUGAAAAAGUGAACAAAAAUUGACAUUCUGACAUUCUUUUCUGCCAAAAUAACGGCAAAAUAAAACAAGAAAUUAUCACGAAAUGUAUCCAAUAAUCCAAUGUAUAUAUAAUUUUGUCUUCUAUUUUUUACAGUAAACACUGUUCGAUUCUGUUCGAUCAGUUCGUGAAAAGUUUCCGAGAGUUUCGACUUCUUCCGACGACGAAUUACGACGAAUUCGAUUUCAAUAAAAUAUUGUAGUCGCAUUCCAACCAUACCGAAGGCUCAGAUGAUUUAGAAAUGUGAAAAUGUCAGCUUCGCAAGACUGUGUUUUGUUUUUUGUAGGUCGUUUGAAUAUUUAAUGACUGUUUGUGCAGUCGAUAUCCAUCAGAAGUCUUAUCCGUAGUUCAUCAUGGAUGACAGUGAUACUGUAGGAAAAUCUGAUGUUGUGUAUUCGAGUGGAGAAGACGGCCCCGCGUCUGUGUUGUCAGAACGUGUAUCUUCCCUCGCCGCAGCAAUAUAUGCCGAAUUUGAACGUAUGAUUCAAAAACAUGGUCAAGAAGUCGUCUCGGGGCUCAUGCCUUUGAUGGUCUCUGUGCUCGAACAGCUUGACUCGGCCUAUAACGACAACAACGAGCAGUAUGUUGAUUUGGAACUACUGAAUGAUGACAAUGAACAGCUACUAACACAAUACGAACGUGAAAAACAAUUACGAAAGAUUGCAGAGAAUGUAAGUUUCACAAGUAAUAUUCCUGUUGUAUUCUUUCACUGUAAAAUGUGAUCAUUGAUAUUUUGUUUAUGUAUGAAAAUACCUCUAUGAAUAGUAGUGUCUAGGAGACUUUGGUUUGCUAAACUCCCUUUGAAAUUUAUUUCAUAUAUAUAUAAACAACCAUGCAGUGAUGAAUGUCAUGUGCUUCUAAAAUGUUGUAUCGUAUGUAUUUUAUAUCGGAUGGGCCUGAGAAGCCCAGAGUUGGAAAGGGUUUUAUACACAACCCUGUUUUAUACACAACGUAGGCGUCUAUAAGACUAAUGAAUCAUUGCUGGAAUAUUUUAGUUUUAUUCAUUUUAUUGCUGCAGCUUAAAUUUACUCUUGUGCAUUUUCUUUACUCCAAGAAUCCCAAUAAAACAUUUUAUGAAAUAUGAUAUCAAGUGAUAUGAGUUGUCUGACGUUCAAAAUAAUUCAUAUGUGCCUUGGAAUUCAACUAUUCACAACAACUGUGCAAAAACUAUCCAGUAACAGACAUUCCAACUCUCCCGGAAGUCUCCCAAAAAUUCAUGCAAUCUCCUGGUCUCCCGAUUUUUAUAAAAUUCUCCCGAUUUUUCAGAAUAUUCAGGAAAUAUCGUAAAAAAAUCGUAAAUAUACUGUUUUUAGCACCAUAAUAGUCUGUCUUGACCUUUUUAUGAAGUUACUUUAUGGCAAUUUAUAGGAUCACUUAUAACAACAUACUCCCAAAAUGCAGGAAAUGCCAUGUCAGAAGACUUAAUUUUUAUUAUUUUUUCUCAGAAGAACUAGAUUUCAAUUCAUUGAACAGUCUCCCUAAAUUUUACGUCCAUAAGUUGGAAUGUCUGCAGUAAUAGUCCAGUCAAUCUGUGACCAGAGGUCAAAGAAAUUGCAAUAGAAUUUUUCUCAGUGGUAAAAUGUGAGGGAAGGUGUCCAGAUUUUAAACAUAUUAAAAAUCCAAAAAAAUCCCUUCGGUGGAACAUGGUGAAAAUCAAGUUUUUCUUACUUCUACCUACCUAUAGAAAACCAUUGUGGACAGAAUGUUCAAAUUUUGAAAUCAUUUUUAGGCAAAUGUAACCUACAUUAUUGGAAAGCUUAAAACAAAGCUAUAUUAAGGUCAAUUAAACCAUUAUAUUCAAUUUACUGGUCAGUUUGUCGCUAUUCUAGCUCAAAGUUGGAAUUUGCACAAAAUACAAAUUUAUGGCAUUUUAAAUCUUGUAUAACUUCGACUGGAUAGGCAAAAGCAAGAUAACCGUUUCAUGAUCUAUAUUUUAGUUUUUUCUAAGCUUUCCAAUGAUGCAUGUUAUAUUUGCAAAAAAUAAUUUCAAAAUUUCAACAUUUUGUCCGCAAUGGUUUUCUAUAGGUAGAAGUAAGAAGAACUUGAUUUUCAUCAUGUUCCACCGAAGGGACUUUUUUUGAUUUUUAAUAUGUUAAUCAGAACAACUUUUCCCACACUUUACCACUGAAAAAAAACUAUUACGAUUACUUUGAUCAGGACCAUGUAAUUAUAGUGAUUUGACUGGACUAUAAAUGAGAGAGGCCAUUUAAGUGGGAUGAAUUUGUCUUGUGUUUAUAUGAGAAAUUUUCAUCCUGCUUGCCUGUAUGAUUUUGUUGCUUUGAUAUUGUUUUUACAGUUCUUACAAAUAGCUCAUUGGGCAUGUCUUUCAACUUUUAUAUGAAGAAUUUUUUAUCCCAGUAAGUGAGCAGCCUAGCUCUCACCUUUUUCACAUGAGACCUCAGAAAUUGGGCCAGCCCAGUUGGAUAAAUGCAAAGUAAUUUCUACCAUACAGUAAAUUAGUAUAAAGUAACUACAUGGCAAGUAGGGGUGCACCGGAUUUCAAAUCCGGCCGGAAUUCCGGCCGGAUUUAAAAAAUUUUCCGGCAUCCGGUAUCCGGCCGGAUUUGGAGAAAAUCCGGCUGGAUUUAAAUUUCUGUUUUCACCUUAAAAAUUCACCAAGAAUGGGAUAAACCAUCAAUUUGGCAGCUUUAGAGUUUAAAAAACACUUAUAUUAUUAUAAAAUAUUAAGUUAUUAACAAAAAACUAUUUAAAAAAGGUUUAAACACAAUCAAAAAUCUAAACUGACACUAACUAAAAAUAGUAAAAAACAUAAAUCGCCAUUUUGAAUACUGAUUUAUCCACAAUUGUCCCCAUUACCGGUUUAUUUUAAAUCCGGCAAAUCCGGCCGGAAUUCCGGCCGGAAUUUUUGUCCAAAUCCGGUAAAUCCGGUUCCGGACGGAUUUGAAAAUUCCAAAUCCGGUGCACCCCUAAUGGCAAGAUCUCACUUAUGAAGCUGUUCCACUAACUGGCUUCCAUAUAAGCAGUGGGGGGCACUGCAAAAUGAGGAAGGGGUGAAUUUUGGUUGCCAGCAGGGAUAGAUCCAGCCAGAUCCGGUGUUCUUUGGUCAUAGGUCACAGCUCAGCAUUCAACCAUUCACCAUGUGGAUAAUCACUACACGCCUGAAAAUGACCAGGAUGUCAACAACUUGUUCUGUAAUCUGCUGUGUUGGUGUAAUGUACUCAGGUGAAUAAGAUGUUUGUGUGAUGUUACUCUGAGUGUAUAUCCACACCGGGCAGGCUUGAAAAAUAUGCCUGGCCACGGCGGGAUUCGAACCUACGACCUUUUGAAUACUAGCCCAAUGCUCUUCCAACUGAGCUACGCGGUCAGGACGGUUCGAGUAUGCGAUAUUUCGAAACUGAGUCUAGUUCCUUCGAUAUCAGUGUAAUCUAAUAAUCAUGAAAUCUGCUGUGUUGGUGUAAUGUACUCAGGUUCGAAUCCCGCCGUGGCCAGGCAUAUUUUUCAAGCCUGCCCGGUGUGGAUAUACACUCAGAGUAACAUCACACAAACAACUUGUUCUGUGUUGUUCAUAACAGGAUGCAGCAAUGUUGUGCUGCACCCUAUCAACAACUGUUGUCAACAAUAUUGUUCACGCUUGUUCGAACAACAUUUGGUUACGGUUGACAAAUUAACAAGGCUUGAACAACAAAUAGAACAGCACAAAUAUAUAAUAUUAUUUUUGAUAGUAAGUUAAACAAGUACCAAUUGUUCAAAAAUUUAGGUUUAUCUUCUUCAAUUUUUUUGAUAUUUUUGAAUAAAAAAAGUACAAUACUGUGAACCUUUGAUUAUAAGUCCUGGGCUUAUAUAAGUUUGCAAGCAUUUUUUGAUGGGCUUAUUAUUUGCUUUGCUCAAUUCAAAAUAUUGUUUUAAUGCAGCAGCCAUGAAUUUAGAAUAUAGUUCCUUACAUGUUAUUUCUCUAUUCAAUCAAUUGGUGCACACAUGCACAGAAAACCAUGUUCUGUUCUUUCAAACUUAAUUUGAUUUUAAUUUAUAACCAAACCAUAUUUCCCUGGAAAAACCCAUAAAAACCAAGGUUUACUACAGUUUUAAGACCAAUCUCAUGAAGGAAAUACAAUAUUUUUUACCAAAUGACACUUUACAGUACCGUAACAUAUAUUCACUGAUAUAACUUAUGAUUUUGUAAAUGUGCCGCCCGUAACAAGAUAAAGGGAUUUAUCUUGUUACAGGCAACAAUUUACAAAAACGAAGACGAGGCUCUUUCGCCAAAACUUUGCACUUUCUGAAAGGGUGUAUUAGGAAUAGGAUGGGGAACUGGAUUUUAGGAUUCCUCUCAAUUGACCAUGCUUAUUGUAGUUUAAUUAAUAAAAUUUUUGGGUCUUAGUCAAGGUUUGGGGAUUUUGGAGACUUGGACUCUUAGCUUUAGAGGUCUUACUUUUCAAAUAAACUGUAAACCUUUUCCCCAGGUUCAAAAUCGUGUCGGGCCCUGCCUUUUUGUGACCUGGGUAGGCAGGAUAAGUUUGUGUCUAUUUUAUGUCAAAUUCUUUACAGGCUAAUUAAAUAAUAAUUUGAAAACACCCUUCUGGAAAGUAUAUCAAUUUGGCUGUAGAACCUUACUUUCAUGUAUGUGGGAUAAGUUAAAGCCUGACGUCUCAAUCAUGAAAAGGACCUCAUUGUACAACCUCACAAAUAUAUAUCCAAAUCACAAUUACUAUCUUCUGUCUGCAUCCUUUUCAAAAAAGUUCAAUGUUCUCAACAUCACAUUUACUAAACAUUUUCUUUACCACUUUGAGAACAUUCACUAAUUUGCGUAAUUUCCUCUCUUGGAAUGUCACUAGUUUCUUUCAAUCUUUGAAUAAUAAUAAUAAUAAUAAUAAUAUAUCCUGUAAAUCUACCAAUAUUUCACUCCAGAAAGGGAAACUCACAAUCCCUAUAAAAUUAUACACAGUUAUUCACACAUUUGUAAUGUUUCUGGGGGUCUUUUGUCCCAUGACAUGCUUUUUUAUUAUGUCACAUAGGGCCCCUGGGGAAAUUUGGAUCAAAUUGCAAAAGGGCUAUGCCAAUCCCUUCACCAUAUAAUCCUACAAAUUCAACAUAAAUUAAUAUAUGGUAUAUACAUUUGUUGCUACCUUUAUCUCCUCUACCUUUGUCUCCUCUACCUUGAAAAAUAAAAAAUUAAGAAAAUUUGCACUAUAUUUCUUUCUUUACACUGUAUUUCAUUUUUUGGCACUGUAUUUCGAAAAAAUUGCACUGCUCUUAGCCAAUCAGAAUUGAGAAAUUUUUCACGUCUCGCAAUUGUAUAUAAUUUUAAUUGCCUAGGCAUGAGAACUUUCCCUUAGUUCGUCUCACCCCCCUCCCCCCCACCCGCCCGUUUUUUAUAUGCGUCUAUAUGAUUGUACCAUCAUUUAGCACCAGGUAACAGGGCAUGAAAAUUUGGGGCUUUUACUCUCCAAUUGUCCAAAUUCAAUAAUUCAAGUCUAAUAAUAUUUUCAUAAUAAAUAUAUGUACGGAAAUAUUUCUUCAUUCCAUAAAUUUAUAUAGCAUAAUUCAUCCAAUAGCUCAUCAUGCUUAAAACAUCUGUUUCCUAUUUCCUACAACUCGGUAGUAGUGAUGUAGCCUCAGAAUUACGUAGGACGUGUAACCAUGUUUUUUGGUAUAGAUAAAUAACGGAUGGAUAUCGUUCUUGUAGAAAUAUCUUCAAGUAGAAGAUGAGCACGAGCAAGACAAACAGGAGAUUUUGAAGAAUUUUGAGGAUGAGAAACAUGAAAAACGAGCACUUGAAAGUAAAAUUAAAAGUCUAAGUGAUCAUG